AUGUACAAUGGUAUCCAUGGUCAGAAAAGAUCGCAUGAGAGUCCUAUGGAUUGGGAAUGGCAAACGGCAAACGGGCCUUCUGAUCCCAACUCUCCAUUUCCUCAAUUCAAGCCACAUCAAGGCCGGAAACCGACCUUUGAAUCAGCCAGCUCCUCAAGCUCUUUCGUAAAUGCCAAAUCGACGCCGGCACCACAAUUCCGCAAUCCAUCAUUCACCACACCCCGAAAGCCGUUUGACCCCGAGCUGUUUUCAGAAGCAUCUGGCGCAGAGUCAUCCCCAGCAGACAACGCCGACCUAGAAGAUACACCAGAAAUCAACAAAAUAAAUACGGCUAUGGCGGUUCUUCAGAGUCCAUCCGAGAAAAAGCCUAUAUUUGGACGUUACGGUAGAGGGUUCUUGGGUAGUAGUCCCGGACGGGCAGAUCUACGAAGAGGCAAACUUGCGAAUACUAUAACCCAUAAGCUUAGAAAGCGCAGGCGGAUCGAUCGAGAGACGCAGGCGAUAGGAGUGUAUUCAGAAUCCGAUUCAGAGUCGGGAGAGUCAAAACAGCGGAACAAGAAGGGUCGUACACCAGAAAUACCUCAGCAAGGCUGGUUCUCGUCACUUCUGACGGGAAUUGAAUCUCGACCACAACUUCCCAAUGUCCUAGCAACAUAUAUACAGUUUUUCACAAAUGGGUUUUUUUUUCUCGUCACGGUUUUUGGGGUCUGGACGGCGUUUUCUGCAAUUAAAGCAGAUGUUGAUAAAGCUGCGCAAGAAUCAAUUGCGCGGGCUUCGGAGGAGAUCGGGCAAUGUGCGAGAGACUAUGUUGACAACAGGUGUGGCUACGAUCAGAGAGUUCCCUCUCUUAAGCAGAUCUGCUCUGAUUGGGAAGUCUGUAUGGGUCGAGAUGCAAACCAAGUUGGAAGAGCCAGAGUGAGCGCAUCCGUCCUGGCUGGAAUUAUCAAUAACUUUGUAGAGCCUAUAAGUUAUAAGGCUAUGAUUUUUUUGGUGGCCGCGAUCACUGUCGUCGUUUUGGUAAAUAACAUGGCAUUUGGGUCUUUUCGGGCAAAACACACACAUCAUGUGCCAAACGCGGCUCAGUAUUUUCCUCCACCACCUCCGGUCCCACAGAACUAUGACUGGAGCGUGCCUACUCCGAGACACAAUGUCGGCUUUGAUCGUUGGGGAGACGACGUAAAAGCGAUAUUACCAAGCCAAACUCCAUCAGGGCGAAGGAGUCCGAGUAAGGGUUUGAGGAGCCCAAGUAAGGAGUAUUAG